UUAUUAUGGAUCACAACUCAACUUAGUUGAGUUGUAAUCAAGACAACUCAAUUUGAAGACAACUGCAAAAAAAAAUCGUAUUAUGGGAGACAACUUUUUUCAGUUGAGUUGACCAAAUACGUUGCCUACUUUUAUGUGCUUGUUUCGUGUCAAAAUCAGCUGUGUAAAGUAAAAUACGUAGAAAUUUCAAAAUUUUAAAUUCAGUGCAAAAUUUUAUAAAAAGACAAAAUAAUAGGAAAUGGAGAGUUCUAUUGAUUUGUUUCUUGGAAAUUCGGAAGAAGAAAAUCCCCUGAAUGUUGCGCUGAUGAGAAAAAAUAUUCGAGAUCACUCCAAUCCAUUGGAACUUCCAAACAAAAAAUUUAUAAGUUAUUUUAGACUCAACAAAGACGCAUUUGUUUAUGUGCUAAAUGAAAUCAAAGAUCAUUUGAAACAACCACAGCGUUCCUCCGCAAUCCCACCAAUUCUCAAACUCUGCACUGCCCUACGUUUCAUGGCAGAAGGAAGUUACCAAAAGUGCAGUGAUAAUGAUUUUAAUUUAGGCCUUGCUCAGCCAAUAGUUUCGGUAGUGGUAAAAAAAGUGCUAGACGUAGUAGAAGAACGUAUCUGUCCACAAUGCAUUAAGGCUCGUUUGACAAAUGAUGAGAUGAAUUUAUCAAAAAUUAAUUUUUACGAGAAAACCAGAUUUCCUGGAGUAAUAGGAUGCAUCGAUGGAACUCAUGUUCGAAUCAUAGCACCAAAAUAUGGUGGUCUUGAUGGUGGUCCAAUGCUAUUCAGUUGAACAGCUAUAUUUUCCCAUUCUUCGUCUUGGGUUCUUUUUGUGGAACCGAAUUGUCCCUUGCCUCUGGCCAGCUCAGGUUUCUGCUGCAGAACCUCAAUCAACCUCUCGAAUUGGGCAGGUUUAGUUAUUUUUAAUCUAAAAAAUUAUUU